CUUUGUUCCGCAGUUCAACUUUGUCUAUCAAACUGUCAACAUCUCCUUAUCACAGUGUGAUACGGUAUUAGUAGUGUGCGCUCCAAACCACGCCGCAGCUUAUUCCAAACCAAAAUAACAUAACUGUCAAUAAGUCGAAUACGUUCGACAAUUCGAUUCAAUUGAAUAGAAAUUUUUUGAAUGAGUAAUUUAUAUAAAUACCAGACAAAUGUUUACGGUGUUUGUGAGGAAGAAAUGAACUACAGAGAGUCAAAAUGUGCUUGCUUUUGGGAUUACAUUAUUCCGUUCGUAAGAUUUUGGGGACUUUUCACAUCAGUUGUUCUAUGCGGAGUCGGAGUUGACAUUACAGCCCACCAUCACACAAUAGGCAUAUAUUAUGUAAUUGGAGCAGUAGUAGUAUUUUUCCUAGAAAUUGCAUGGGCAAUCACACUUUUUUUGCAAGUUUGUGUUAGGAAUGAAUACAGUCCUGUUCUCAAGUGUUGGAACUGUGUUUCAUGGUUCAAUCUUUGGAAAAGGGCUAUCCUCUACGUAGCACUUGCCACACUCCUAUUUCUGCGACCACAUAGACUAUGGCUAUCGUCAGUAUCAGCGGUUCAGCUAUUGAUUCUGGCAUCGUGCUAUCUUCUACUUCUAUUUAGGACACAAAAUCAAACAAAGCACAUUCCAACGUUAUUACACAGUCAAACUCCAAGUCAAGAGGAUGACAGAUAUGACGACCUGAAUGCUGUUCUAGACGAGACACUUCCUGGUCCAAUUAAUGCAGAUGAACUAGAUCAAGAAGCUGUCCUUGAAAUUUGAUAAUAUAAAUAAAUUUGAAAGGUUUUUCGUAACUAAGAAGGUAUUUUACAUAGCCUACUCAGGCAGAUGUUUCAGUGAAAACGAAGCUGAGCAAAUACAAUCCUAACUAAUUAUAAAAAACAUUUCUAAAGUUCUGCUUCAAUAAUAAAGUAGACUAAUGGAAUAUUUUCUACUUUAUCGCAGGAUAAAAAGUUUGCCUUAUUCUGUGAUGAUAUCCACAUAGAAUGGGACAGUCUUCUUGGAUUCUUAGGCUGUAAUGACGUUAAAUGCGUAUUUGUGCAAGUGCAAGCUUGGUUAUGUAUGUCCAAGCGUGAAGAUGAGAAACAAAAUAAAAAUGGAAAAAGCCAUAAGAAGGUGGGAACACUCUUUGACCAUAUAUCAAGGAAAAUAUACCUUUAAUACUGGAACACCCACACUGAGCACGUUUAUUUGUUGGUGGCGUUCAGUGUCAGCAGCAACAGAAAACAAGUCAUGACGUAAAUAAAUUUUUUAUAGCUUUUUCCAGAUUUUGUUCAUCUGCAAUUCUGCAGGCGUGGUCUUGCUUGCACUUGCACAUAUGUGCAUACAAUGUGAUAAUACCCUAACCCUUGAAAAACUGUUUACCGUUCUUUUAUUUAUUUCAUUGAUAAUUCUUGAGAUUUUAUUAAAUAAAUUAAUGUUAAUAAAGUAUUGAUAAUUUAUUAGCAACUGUAUACUGUACUGCAAUAAACUACAAUUUUAAACGCUACA